CUUUUUCCGCAAGAGGCGCUGGUUGCAAAUUUUCUGUCACAUUCGCAAUUUGAGGUUGCUGUCGGAAAAAUUGUUUUCCGCAAUUUUCACACAUUUCCCGUGAAUAAAUUACCAGUAGAUCCCAAGAAGAUGCUCAUAAGAGGAAUUGCAGGAGUCGUCCGGAAGAGUGGAUUUGUGGCCAGGAACUUUGGUGUCAGUGCUCCAGCUGCUCAGAAGGUCACUGAUCCCAUCCAGCAGCUCUUCCUGCAGAAGAUUCAGGAGUACAAGUCCAAGGAGAGUGGUGGAAAGCUCGUCGAUGCCACUCCAGAGGUGGAAAAAGACCUCAAGACAGAGCUAGAUAGGGUCUCUAAGCAAUUUGGAGGAGGUGCUGGUGUCGAUAUGACAAAAUUCCCUGAAUUCAAAUUCCCCGCAGCAACGGUAGAUCCCAUUAACUCUGCAAAUUGAUCCCGGGAAGAAAAAUUGUGCACUAAUAGAAAGGAAGAGAGAGAUGAAAUAAAUGGAAAUGUAAUUUAA